ACUAGGUAACUGCAAAUGAAGCAGAUUUUUGAACCCUAAACAGUGCAACUGGAGUAUUUGUGUGAAUGUACCACUGGGAAAAUCUAACAUGUUGUUGUUAAUCAAUGUCCUUCUCACCUUGUGGUUUUACACUGCUCAUGGACAGGGGAAACACUGUAAUUAUCCAGUAAUAAAACAUGGACGGCUUUAUCAUUCAUACAGAGGACGCUUUCCAGCACGUGUAAAUCAACAGUUUCUCUAUAACUGUGAUCAGUAUUUUGUGUCUCCUUCACAAUAUUCCUCAGAUUACCUGACUUGCACAGCAGAAGGAUGGUCUCCAGAAGAACCAUGCCUCAGAGAAUGUAUUUUCCAUAAUUUGGAAAUGGAUAUAACCCAAGUAGUGAAAAAAAGUUCUACAGGGUGA